AUCUGAUGUAUUUGGUACCUGUUCUAAAGAAACGAUUCGAAUAUGGAAUAUAAAAACUAGCCAAGAACUCUUGCGAAUAACAGUAAAGAACAUGGUUUGUAAUGCUAUGUGCUUUUCUCCAAAUGGACAAUGUAUUAUUAGUGGAUGGGAUGAUGGUAAUAUAAGAGCUCAUACUCCAGAAACUGGGAAAUUAUUAUUCAUAAUUCAUAAUUCUCAUAGUAAAGCAAUAACUGCAGUAGCGAUGACAUUAGAUUCAAAUUUCAUUAUUAGCAGUGGUAGUGAAGGAGAAGUACGCUUAUGGAAAAUAUUGUCCAAUAAGCAGUCCCUCGUAACAUCAAUGAAAGAACAUAGAGGUCCGGUUUCAUGUAUUCGAGUGCAUAAAAAUGAGAAAGAAUGUGUAACUGCCAGCACAGAUGGAACUUGUGCUAUCUGGGAUUUACAAGACUACAAAAGGAAUCAAAUUGUAUCAUCUCAUAGUAUAUUUCAUGAAGUAUGUUAUGGUGCAAAAGAAUGUCAAAUUGUUACUUGUGGUACGAAUCGGAAAAUCGAAUUCUGGGAAGUUUAUGACGGUUCCAAAAUAAGAACUUUGGAUGCUUCCAAUCUAGGAUCAAUUAAUAGUUUGGAUGUUACACCGGAUGAUAAACAUUUUGUAAGUGGUGGAGAAGAUAAAUUAUUAAAGGUGUGGAAAUACCAAGAAGGUACGAUUUCUCACGUUGGAUGUGGACAUUGCUCGACAAUUACAAAGGUUAGAGUUUCGCCAGAUGGAAAAUAUAUUGUGAGUACGAGUGUAGAUGGAGCAAUAUUAAUAUGGAAGUUCCCAGAAAGUUAAAUAUGACACUAUUCUAAAUAAAUUAUAUCCAAAAAAUUAUACUAAGAAUGAAGAAAUUGUUUUAUAUAACAGAAUUUUAAACAUUUUAUAAAAAAAAAUAAUAUUCAUUAACUUCCUAC